AUGGAUCCUGUAAGACGCGAGCUGGAUCUAAGGUUGCAGUUUUUCCGCCGGCGAUGGCUUGAUGCUGCCUUGUCCCGGUUCACAUCGCAUUUGUCGCACUUGUCCCUUGGAGCACUGGGUGACUCAGCCAAGUCGACAGCCAUGAUGGGUUUGCUGACUGAGCUGCGCCGUGAAAGUGUACCGACCUGCCCGGCUUGCGCGGGGGAAGGCGACAGGAUCCAUUUGGCCUCGCGGUGGGAGCUCAUGGACCAGGCCCAUGCCAUGUUGGACGAGUUGGGUUGUUGUUGCACGCCUGGGGCAGAGGGCUGCGACAGUCAAGUUGACGUUGGUGCCCAGGUCAUUAUCUUCGGGCAGAGCAAAGGUAGUGGUUUGAAUGGCCAGCGAGCACAGACAUUGUGGUGGGACUGCGGUUCUCAGUGCUGGGAAGUUCUGUUGCUGGCAUCGCGGCAGGUCAUGACGAUGCAUACCUCCGAGCUUGCAUUGGCCGAGGCUUGUGGCGGGACCGACGGCCUCAGCAACUGCCCAUGCUGGCCGGCAGGCCGUGGAGUGUAUCCGGUGAGCCUUGGGAACCGCUGCUGCGUCAAGCUGGGUAUUGAUGAGUGCUCUGGUGAUGCACACUGCCCAGUCGGCUAUCCCUACUUCCACGGUGCUGAGUAUUUGCCAUUCGACUCUCUACUGACAUCGCUGGACGCUGUUCUACAUUUUCUGCGGCAUGACUUCGCAAACUUCUUCCACUACAACGACAUGGUCGACGUGCACCCGCCAGGACUGCCCAAGAUCAUUUUUCACAACUACCGCUCAUGGAUGCACACGUUCCCACAUCAUCACCCACAAGCAGACCAGGGGAAGCUGGAUCGACGGAUUAGACGGUUCAGGGUCCUCUGCCGCCACAGCCGCGAUGUGCGCGGCUCGCGGCCUUUGCUGUUCAUGCGCUAUGUUGGAGACUCGCCCAGUGAACUGCUGCGGCUCUGUUUCGUGGCUAUGCUCCAAGCUUCGUCCCCGAUGCCGGCUCGUCGGACACAGCUGCUAGAUCUGACCGGUCCGCCUCCAGCCCCGGGAUUUCUGCCAACAGCAUCAAAGGCAAUUUGCACCACGCCGUUGUGUGUGGUGAGUCGAUGGUGCCAUGCCUGCGAGCCCGUCUUGUCAGGUGGUAGAUUGUUCCGCCAUGAUGUCUACCCAAAGGCCGAAAUCGGUGGUUGCCAGGGUCUCCCAGUUUUGCUGGGAACAGCUUGGCCAAUGACUGCAGUUGGGACCUUGCAUCAGUCGAUUCAGGGCAGUUUGAUGUUACAGGAGAUGCGUCAUGUGGGUCAGCUUGUGGUGUCUUCACAGGUGCUAUUCUGGCUAGUUGACCGGCUCAUCGAUGUCAUGGAUUUUGGGCCCAUCCGGCAGGCUGGGGCUUUGCGAUCCAGUCUUGGUGUUUCUGUUGCCCACGCUUUGCGUUUCAACGUGUACGACGAGGCAGGCCUUCUUCAUGAUAUGCCGUGCAGCUUGUUGGCAAGUUCGCUAGACGGCCCUUGCUUGGACGAGUCUGUGUGGCGGGAAGCAGUGGGGCCGUCUGCCAGAGAGACCCUCGGCAUGGAGAUCUGCAAUCUUGCGCCCCCAAAAGCAAACAGGGCCCAGCAGCCGGACCAGGGAUGCCAGGCCAAUGCUCUUCUGCGCGCCGCCGUACGCCGCGGUGAUGUGAUGCGGGUGCGGGAGCUGCUUCAAGACAGCGUGCCAGCGGAUGCAAACACCUGGGAUGACAAGGGCCGGCGUCCGCUGCAUGAUCUUUGUGAGGCAGCAGCUGCAGGACGAGGUUCUCAAUCUACACUGCACCUCGCUGGCGACCUGCUUCUAGCACAUGGCGACCCACGCGCGCGUGACAAGGAUGGCAAGACUGUGCUGGAGUUUGUGAAGGUUAAAGUUGCUGAGAUUGGCACAAGCGAGUGCUCAAGGCUGCUCUCCCGAAAGCCUUUCUGGCGCGAGCUUGCAGCCCUACUGGCUGCAUGCUCGUUGCAGGGUGUGACGGAGAAUGGAUUUGCAGAUCCUCCUGGGCUCUUCAGGGGGCUAGAGCUUCUUGGUGAACCCAGGCGCAGCCAGAUUGCCUUGGGAGUUCUUGGAUUGGCGGCGCUCCGGGCCAUCGGCCCUGCUGAGCUCAAGUGGCGCAAUCCAGGUCCCGGACUUGAGGAGCAGCUCUCUGCACUUGAUGACGAGCUUGCGGCCAUCAAGCGUCUCAGGGAAACUUCGCAGAGACGUCGUGCGCUGCGGCGGUUGUUGUUCGAGUGGCACCCCGACAAGAACAGCCACCGCCAUGAGCUUGCCAAAGCUGCGUUUCAACACAUCCAAGUGCAGAAGGCUGACAUCUUGGAAGGAGGUGGCUUGCCUAGAGCCAUGCGGUUGCAUGUGACCAGUGCUCCCAUGAUCACAGGGGAAUUUGAAGCUGCCAUGGUUCUCGCAGUCCUGCAUGGCCAUGAGGACUUGGGCGAAUUUGAGAUAACGAUUCGCACCAAGGAUGAUUCAAAGGCCAUCCUGCGAAUGAGCGGAGCGACUUUCCGAGACACGGCGGGCGAGGUUGCAGGUGUUGUUGCCUGUGGUCAGGAUUUGACCAGCAUCAAGAACAGCAUGCAAGAGGCUACGCGCAUGGCGGAAGACCUGAAAAGGCUCAUUGAGACUGCCCAUGCUUGCAUUGUCGGCAUUGAUCCGGCUGGCAAUGUGAAUGAAUGGAACAACCACAUAGCUCAGCUGUCGGGUUGGUCCAAGGAGGAUACGCUGGGUAAAGGCUUAGUGAACAACUUCAUCCUGAAGGAGCACCAGAAGGAUGUCGCCGACAUGCUUCUGCAGGCACUGCACGGUGAGAAGGUGGAGAAUUUUGAGUUUUGCAUCGCGGAGCAGGAAGGCUCGCGCCGCACAGUGCGGCUCAAUGCCUCGGCUCGCCUGGGUGAGCAGGGCGAGGUCACUGGCGUUCUCUGCGUGGGCCAGGAUGUGACUGAAUUAAACAGGGUCAUGGCAGAUCAAAGAGGCAUUGCAGAGGACAUUCUGAGUGCAACUGUGUGCUUGAACCGAGGUGACGACCGACCCCAAAAGACCUGGAUUCCACAGAACUUGCUGCUUGCAGCCAUUGCGAGCCAUGUGGCCCCGCUGCAUUGUUGGGGCUUUGCUUUGGCCUCCAAGCACAGCCAUCGAGCCGCUCGGCUACUUGCUACCGGGUCCAGCGGCCUUGUGUGGCGAGUGCAGGGUUGUUCUGUGCGUGGCCAGGAGGGGGGCCGCGGCAUCCUUGCUGUAAGGACAGGAGAGAUCUUCUCCGAGCUGCAGUCCUAUGUCAGGGACCCCAUUGCCAGGCAUACAGCCUGUGCCGUGAACGCGGUUUGCGUACUGGAGGGCUUUGUCGGCAGUCCGACUGCGCUCGAUUACUAUGUCCUUACGCUUCCAGAGGAGGGCUUGCUUUACGAGACCUCUCCAAACUUUCGCAGCUUUGGUUCCGAGCCUUUACAGGCGCCGGAUCCCAUUGGACCACAUUUGCUCCCUUUCCUAGUUACGGAUCCCAAGCACCAGGUGGUCUACGUCCCGCCGGCAAACAAAUGGCCCACCCCCAAUGCCUGGACUACGUUCACCUUCGUGGUAAGGUCACUGAUUGGACUUAGUCAAGAUGGUGACACCAUCAUCGAUGUCCAGUCGGAACCAGGGCUCGUUGUGCUAGCGAACCCUCACCGCCAAAUUGCUGGCUCUGACUUCAGUCUGGCAAAUAAUGCCGAUGGCUGGACCUUGUCCGGUCAGCUGGAAGUUGUUGGAGGCAAUACGCCCGCAGCAGGGGUCAAGCACCAGGCCGUCUCCUGGGGCGGACUCAAUGAAUAUAUUUAUGGGGCUGACGAAGUUCAAAGCCUGGACUUCGCCACCGGCAUUGACCUGGCCAAAUGGUACUUUGAGGCUUCGCCGAGCGUUUUCCACAAGAAGGAACUGGCAGUGGCCUAUGGAGGAACUUUGCGAUUUCGCUUCCGCUCGCAGUACGGCAACUUUCUCGAGUUGAAUGAACCUUUGGACUGGGUAACUAUUGAAUGCGAGUCGUGUGACACUGGCCAUGGCGCUCGCAUCAUUCGAUUUGUUGACGACACUCUGCGAUGGAAUGGGGACGAAGUUUACAUGGAGUUUCUCCUGAACGAGAAUGGUAGGUGGUCAUAUGACCCCCUAAACUCUGCCGCAGACUUCGAAUAUGCGACGGCCUGCCAAAUUGCGGGCAUUCUGACAAACGUCUCACGGAUUGCCAUCCUUGGCGAUUUCACCCGAGGUGGUGAGGGCAUAGCCUUAGAUGAUGUGGCCAUCGUGGCCGCUGAUGCUUUUCAGAGCCUUGUCUGGGCAGCACUAUGGACGUUACCGGUCAGGAUGCGAGAUCUAAGCAAGCCCUUCCUUGCAGAGAGUUAUGCGAGCAGUGGGCGCUUUUUUGCGCGACAUCCUUUGCACACAUGCGGCUUCCGAACGUGA